CAGCCGCUGCCCCAGCGAAGAUGCGCCCGGCCCUGGCCCACGGACUCUGCUCGCUGCUGCUCAGCCUCUGGGUACCCAGCUCCUGCUCCAAUGAGAUCCUGGGCCUGAAGCUGCCAUCAGAGCCGGUGUUGAAUGCCAACACAGUGUGCCUGACCCUGCCGGGGCUGACGCGGCGGCAGCUGGAGGUGUGUGUGCGCCACCCCGAUGUCACUGCGUCGGCCAUUCAGGGCAUCCAGAUUGCCAUCCAUGAGUGCCAGCACCAAUUCCGGGACCAGCGCUGGAACUGCUCCAGCCUAGAGACCAAGAACAAGAUCCCCUAUGAGAGCAUCAUCUUCAGUAGAGGCUUUCGGGAGAGCGCCUUUGCCUAUGCCAUCGCGGCGGCUGGCGUGGUGCACGCCGUCUCCAACGCCUGUGCCCUCGGCAAGCUGCAGGCCUGUGGCUGUGAUCAGAAGCGCCGGGGCGACGAGGAAGCUUUUCGGCGCAAGCUGCAUCGUCUCCAGCUGGAGGCCAUGAACCGUGGCAAAGGCAUGGUGCAUGGGGUGCACAUGGAGCACAUGCCGGCUGAGACCCCUGGCCUCCAAGACUCCUGGGAGUGGGGAGGGUGCAGCCCUGAUGUGGACUAUGGGGAGAAGUUUUCUAAGGAUUUCCUCGAUUCCCGGGAAACCUACAGGGACAUUCACUCCCGGAUGAGGCUGCACAACAACCGCGUGGGCCGUCAGGUGGUGAUGGACAACAUGAGAAGGAAGUGCAAAUGCCACGGCACCUCAGGGAGCUGCCAGUUGAAGACCUGCUGGCAGGUGACACCCGAUUUUCGCCUAGUGGGGUCCCUGCUCAAGGACCGUUUCUACGGGGCCACCCUCAUCCGGCCGCACAACCGCAACGCCGGGCAGCUGGAGCCGGGCCACGCUCGGCAUCGCCGCCGGGCUGGCAUCAGCGAGCUGGUUUAUUUUGAGAAGUCACCCGACUUCUGCGAGCGGGAACCAGCCCUGGACUCCUUGGGCACCCAAGGGCGCCUGUGCAACAAGACCAGCCCGGGCAUGGACAACUGCGAGAGCCUGUGCUGUGGCCGCGGGCACAACAUCCUGCGGCAGACGCGCAGCGAGCGCUGCAACUGCAAGUUCCACUGGUGCUGCUUCGUGGCCUGCGAGGAGUGUCGCAUCACCGAGUGGGUCAGUGUCUGCAAGUAG